GGAGCCCCCACGCCGUGGUCAGGUCACCAAUUCGCAACCACGAGACGUGUCGCGUCGUCCUCCGACCUCCCUAUUUAACCGCCCGACCCCUCUCAUUCCCAACCAAACACCGAAGCUAGCCUACGGCCGGGAGUAGCGACUCUUUUCAAGAACCAGAAGAAAGAGAGGAGAGGAGUAACAGACAGGCGACAGAGCAAGAUGUGCGGUGGUGCGAUCCUAGCCGAGCUCAUUCCGAGCACGCCGGCGCGGCGCGGCGCGGCGGGUCGCCUCUGGCCCGCGGACGAGGGAAAGAAGCUUAGGGCCGACGACUUCGAGGCGGCGCUCCGGGAGUUCGACGAGGACGAGGAGAUGAUGGAAGAGGGGGAGGAGGCGGAGAGCAAGCCGUCCGUGUUCCGCGCUUCCUCCAAGGACAAGAAGCCGAGGAGGCAGGAGCAGGCCGCGCCGAGCAGGCGCAGGAAGCCGGCGCAGUACAGGGGCGUCCGGCGGCGCCCGUGGGGCAAGUGGGCGGCGGAGAUCCGCGACCCCGUCAAGGGCGUCCGCGUCUGGCUCGGCACCUUCCCCUCUGCCGAGGCCGCCGCGCUCGCCUACGACGCCGCCGCGCGCGACAUCCGCGGCGCCAGGGCCAAGGUCAACUUCCCCGAACCCUCCUCCGUGGCCCCUGACAGCCGCAAGCGCGGUCGCGACGGCGCCGUCCCAGCUGCCCAGGCGACGCCGGUCAUCGACCUCGUCGACGAGGAGGAAGAGCACGCGGCGUCCAUCAAGCACGAAACCGAGGCCAGCGAGAGCUCCGAGUCCGGCGCCCUCCCGGACUUCUCGUGGCAGGGCAUGUCGGCGACCGACGAGGCCGCCGAGCACCCUGUCCUCGAGGUCGAAGCCGACCAACCCGUCGAUAAGCGUCCCAGGGCCGAGCCGGCGAGCACCGCCGAGGCGUCCGACUCCGACGGCGCCGAGUCCGACGCGCUGUUCGACGCGUUCCUCUUCGGCGACCAGUUGGCCUUCAACGGCGGCGCGUACGAGUCCCUGGAGAGCCUGUUCAGCGCGGACGCCGUGCAGAGCAACGCCCCCGCCGCCGCGGACGAGGGGAUGGGGCUGUGGAGCUUCGACGACGACUGCCUCGUCGAGGACAGCUUGUCAUUUUAAGCCUCACCUGUGUCCAUGUCUUGUAAAUUACGGUUUUUUGUCAAGUUUGUAACGUUGUAGUAUCGUUACCGUCGUCUGAAAAAGAUUUUUGCCUGUGCCAUCGAUGCAAGAGCUGACUGCAGUGCUAUCACAUCGCAAUAUCGUAAACUGGUUUCAAAUCCUACAAGAUCUGACCUUUCCCUCUCUUUUUCCAUCUAAUAAAAAUAUCUAUAUUUGAAUAA